CAACAUCUUGACUUGUCCAGAUCACUGGUUUGGAGCUGGAGCCUCACUGGUGGAAAGAACAUCACACCCCUCCUGCCAUCAGCUGGACCAGUUGGGAGGCAGAGAUCUUGGCUUCAUUCUCCCACAGAGGAGAAAGCUGGGGGCAGAUGCCAUCCUCCUCUCUCCCCUAAACCUCACAUCCAGCAUCAUCAGUCCAAGACAGCAUCUGAACAUGGGCUGUGGCUUCAUUUCAAGGACAGAACAGGGAAGAAGGACACCUCUUGCCCCCAACCAAGUCUACCUGUCCUCCAGGCAGCAGUGUCCAGAGGAAUCAGCAAUAAAGGAUGUGGGCCACAAAGCUGAGAACAGGGCUCUGUGUCUCCAGUGAGCUGGUGGGCCAAACUUACAGGCUAGGCAAUGUUUCUCCAGUCUCUCACAUCUUUCCCUGUGUUGUGCCAGGCUCCUGCGUCUCACCACGACACAGAAUGACGGAGUAUGAGGACUUCAUGAACUUGGCUGGCUACUGGAACUCCUCUGACAAUUGCCAGUUCAGCCCUGACAGGGUUAUUGUCCCUGUGGUCUUCUCCCUCAUCUUCCUCCUGGGCACAGUGGGCAACAGCCUGGUGCUGGCUGUGCUGCUGCGCAGUGGGCAGGUGGGCCACAACACUACCAACCUCUUCAUCCUCAACCUCAGCCUGGCUGACUUCUUCUUCAUCGUCUUCUGCGUGCCCUUCCAGGCUACCAUCUACUCCCUUGAGGGAUGGGUCUUUGGCUCCUUCAUCUGCAAGGCUGUCCAUUUCUUCAUCUACCUCACCAUGUACGCUAGCAGCUUUACUCUGGCCGCUGUCUCUGUGGACAGGUACCUGGCUAUCCGCUAUCCGCUGCGCUCCCGGGAGCUGCGGACCCCCCACAGUGCAGUGGCAGCCAUGGCUGUGAUCUGGGGUCUCUCUGUGGUCUUUGCUGGGCCCUACCUAAGCUACUAUGACCUGAUUGAGUGGGAGUCCAGCUACAUUUGCAUGCCUGGCUGGGAGGAGUGGAGACGCAAGGUCAUGGAUACCAGCACAUUUGCCUUCGGCUACAUCAUCCCAGUGCUGGUCAUCAGCCUCUCCUACACCAGAACCAUCAAGUACCUGUGGACAGCAGUGGACCCUCUAGAGGACAUAGCAGAGUCCAGGAAGGCCAAGUGGAAGGUAACCAAGAUGGUCAUCAUUGUAACAAUUCUUUACUGCCUGUGCUGGCUGCCCUACCAUGUAAUCAUCCUCCGAUACCUCUAUGGAGACUUCCCCUUCAACCAGGUCACCUACGCCUUCCGCCUACUCUCCCACUGCAUGGCCUACGCCAACUCCUGCCUCAACCCCAUCAUCUACGCCCUAGUGUCCAAGCACUUCCGCAAGGGCUUCAAGAAGGUUUUCAGCUGCCUCUUGAGAAAAAAGCACCACAAUAAGGUACAUGUGGUGCAUAAUGCCCACGUUGUGCCUGGAUUUGGGGCAGCUUCCACUGAAGUGUCCCAGAUGCACGAGGAGAAUAAUAGGUAUGAGAUGGACCCAGCCUCCGUGGCAGUCCCCUCUGGUUUCUCCAAGCCCCUUCAUAUUUCUUAGUGGCCAAGCUCCAUCUGCCAGCUCAGCUCUGUCACCAGCUUCAGGACACUCUUUCCCACUGGGUGAGAGGGGAUGCUAGAAAGGCAAGCCAGAAACUGCUAAACACUGCUUCUGCCCUUGUCAUUCCUUCCCAUUCCGUGCACCAACUGUUCUCCUGAACCAUCUCCCCACCACAUGCUGAAUGCGAGGAAAGGAACUGACCCAGGAUCACCCCUGAUCCUCAAACCACCUGGAUUCCAGGGACUAA